AAUUAUAAUAGAGGGAGAGAGGAAAAGACAAAAACACUUUUACACAUUUAUUCAUUUCAGUCUUUAUGUAGCCAAACAUGUUCAAGUAUCGGAUCCGCAUGUUUUUUAAUGAACUGAAAGUCCUGGUGUUUAUGCGAUCCGAUUCGAGACAGUCCGGCUCAGACACAGAUAGACGGUCCACCACCAUGCGAGGUCUGGGGAUGGGCGGCUGCGGUUGGCCGCCUUUCGUCGACUGCCAUUCCCGGGAUGACGAGGAGGAGUACUACGGCAGCGACCCGCGGCCCCGGAGCUUGGCGUUUGAGGACAAGGAGCCAAAGCUGCAAGUGGGCCUGGACGCCGUUUCUCUGGCCAGCACCGCCAGCAGCCUGCGGACCCCCCAGUGCCGGAUCUGUUUCCAAGGCCCCGAGCAGGGGGAGCUGUUGAGCCCCUGCCGCUGUGACGGCUCCGUGCGCUGCACCCAUCAGCCCUGCCUCAUCCGCUGGAUCAGCGAGAGGGGCUCCUGGAGCUGUGAGCUCUGCUACUUCAAGUACCAGGUCCUGGCCAUCAGCACCAAAAACCCUCUGCAGUGGCAGGCCAUCUCUCUGACGGUGAUAGAGAAGGUGCAGAUAGCGGCCAUUAUUCUGGGUUCCCUGUUCCUCAUCGCCAGCAUCUCCUGGCUCAUCUGGUCCUCCCUCAGCCCGUCGGCCAAGUGGCAACGUCAGGACCUGCUCUUCCAAAUCUGCUACGGCAUGUACGGCUUCAUGGAUAUCGUCUGCAUAGGCCUCAUCAUCCACGAGGGAUCAUCGGUGUAUCGAAUCUUCAAACGAUGGCAGGCUGUCAAUCAGCAGUGGAAAGUACUGAACUACGAGAAAUCAAAGGACUUGGGUGACCCGGUGAGUUCGAGCAGCAAGGCGGGAGCUCGCGGCUCUCGCGGGAACCCCCACGGCCUAGCCAGCAGCAGCGCCGGGCGACAGAGCAGGAGGCUAAGAACUAUUCUGAACCACCACUGUGGAUACACCAUCUUGCACAUCCUGAGUCAACUGCGGCCCAACGACCCGCGGAUCAGCGCCGCCGCCAACCGGGAGGUGGUGAUGAGGGUCACCACCGUAUGAGUCGGGGAGUCGGCGUGCGCGAUGGGAGGAAAAACACUUUUUUUUUGUCCAGAUGUAAAUGAGUGGAGGGACUUAACGGACCUGAAAUUAAAAAAAAACUAAAGACUCAUGUUGGCAACAAGAGCCCUGCGAGGAGCUGAGUGAUGCCCGGAGCAUCAACAGACAGCACACACACUAGAGGAUUUUUCCUCUUGUUUCGUACAACAAAAGGAAGCCAGAUGCUCCUUUUCAAUAAUUAAAGAACUGAUGAAAAUAAGGACGAAAAAGCAUUAAAAGACA